ACAUACACGACGACGCCGGAGAGCUGCUCUCCAGUCCGGUGUGCACCUUCCCCCCCAGAGAUUUAGAACCUGCUGGAUUACCGUCGCCAGGACUGUCCCCCCUUCCGUCUUUGGACUUUACAUUCUUGGGGCGAAUUUUCCGAGCGAGUGCGAUGUCGUCCUGGUUGCAGUCCCCUGUGGGCGGCCGGGGGCCGGCGGGAGCCCCCAACGGAAGCGGCCAGCAGCUGCGGCUGCUGCGGAGAGUAGCCCCGUACCCGCAGAGGGAGGACCGGCCCGAGGAGCCCAAGGACGCCCUGGACAGCUAUGAAGAACUGGAACAAAUGCAGAACUACAGCAGUACCGUCAAAUUUGAAGGUUAUAAGCACCCGCCAAAUGCCAAGUCGGAGCUCUGCACCCCGGCAGAUAAACGCAAAGGCCUGUACCAGCGCUUCUACCGGCAGGUCCAGGAGGACAAGAAGCCGGCCGACUGCGUGGUCCUCUCCGUCACCACGGAGUGCCUGGAAUACCCCAAAUCGCUAAGCCAGUGCUUGCAGGAGCGCGGCCUGUCAGUGGAAAUGCUCUACCUUCAAGUGGAAUCGGGCCUGACCCGGGCCCUGCAGGAUGUCCGAGCAGUCGGUUCACCGUUAUGUAUACUGGUGGAGCAGAAAAACAUAGCUCUGUGCUCCUGCACGGUUAUCAUAUUCUCAGAAUCCCUCAAAAUCCACCGCAACAUGCCCAAAGACCAGGCCAUGGACUUUGUCCAGGCGGAAUACAACCGCAGCCUGGCCAAAGAGCGCCCCCAGAAGGAUCCGUCCGACAUCGCAGCCGAGGCGUCGCAGCUGCUGGAUGACUUCCUGGACCGAGAGAAGAUCGCCCGCCACGUGGUUCCCCCGGAGACCAAGCAGCUGCUGCUGCUGCUGGCCGACGGGGUGCACCUGUACUCCGAGGAGCUGGACACCGUCUCCGAGUUCCUCACCGCCCGCCAGGAGCACCUGCAAGCCUUUAACUCUGAGGGAGACAAGGACAACGCGUUGCCCCAGGGACUGGGGAAACCUCCUCCUCUGCUCCCGACGCCCACCGGGCCGUCCCCGCUGCAGGCCCUGUCUGUAGGAGGGGGGCCCCUGGGGGCCCCGUCUCCACCCGUACCACUCCUGCCAACACCAGGCUCUCAUCCCAAAACCAAACCCCCUCCGCUGCUGUCCCUGCAGCGGCUGAGCGGUCCUCCACUAGGGGGCCCGGGCCCCCGCGGCUCCAUGCCGCUACACCACCCGUACGGUCCUCCCGGGGUUCUCCGGGGGCCCCUGUUCCACCACGGCCCUCCGUCCCACCCCGGCCUCAGGGGCCUGCACUGGCCCCGGCUCACUCCCCCCUCUCUGAAGAACUCUCGUCCUCCACUCCUGUCUUCACCAGGCCUCCCUUUUCCACGUCAAGCCGGCCUGCGACACUAGGAGGACGACGUCCAAACACCGUCAUGUACUAGUGGCAGGGUUUUAAGCAUUUCAAUUACAUUUAAAGGAGAAGAUUCCAAGCGCUUCCAAGAGGCUUCCCUAGCUAAUGUUUCGUCCCCAAGAGAAGGAAGACAUUUCAUUCAGUUAACAGUUACAUUGAAAAUUGAUAGACAGUACUGUAUUAUUGUAAAUGGAUGGUAUGGGGUGUAUAAAUUGGCAGUUUUUAGUGUAUUUUCCUGAGACCCCUAUCACCAGUUUUUGUGUUUUUGUUUUUUUUGUGUUUUUUUUUUUUCUCUAUCUGUAAUGUUUUGAACACUGUGAUGUCUCAUUAAUGCUUCCAGUUGGCUGCUGGUUCUCAUUUAAAGCCAGGCCAGGUGUAUUUGUGGUGACAUGACUUCUUAUUUUUGUGUAUGUUACGGAGGAUCCGGCCUGCUGUCUUAGGUUUUAAAGAUGGUGCUUAAAAUGGACAAACAGACCUAAGAUCGUUUUCUUUCAGCACUCACAAAACAUGGUUUCUCUUUCACACACACACACA